AUCUGGCAACACUGUCUCGGCAAGGUAAACAAGCGGGCGGCGGCGGACGGGCAGAACACCUAUUAGCGGCAAGCCCUUCCUUAUGGAUUAUUUAUAGUGCCGCCGUGUGUCCUUUUUAUCUGAGAGGUCAAGGCGGCCCACUUUGACCCCCGGCACCCGCUGACGAGUCAAGGCAGCAGCAGAGUCCGGCCUCCUCAUGGUCUGGUGAGGACUGAGGUGCCAAUAUUUCAUCGUCUGCAUAUUCUGAGGACAACACUUGUAUUUCUGGAAGGAUGGAGGGAGGGAGAGGCAUGGAGGAGGUGGAUGAGGAGGAGGAGGAGGAGUUGUCAGAGCUGCUGCCACACAAGCAAAUGAAGGAGCUGGAGGAGCAAAACAAAUUCAUCAGGACGCUGUACAAGGAACUGCAGCAGGAACAGGACCAGGACCACCAGCAGCUCCAGAAGCAGCAGCAGCACAGACAGCAGUGGCAGGAGUUACAGCACCAGCAGGAGCAACAACAACAAGAACAAGAACUACAGGAGCAAGGGGUAGAAUGGCAAGAACAAGAACAACUGCAAGAAGAACAAGAAGACCAAGAGAGACAGGAGCAAAUAGAACAACAGCAAGAGAAAGAAAGACUCCAUCAACAACUGCAAAUACAGCAACAGAAUCAGGUGCAAAAACAGGGACAGGAACAAGAGCAACAACUACAAGAAGCCCACCCCUGGAAGCAGCAGUUACAGCAGUACAAGUGGGAGCAUUGGCAGGAGGAGGAGGUGGAGGAGGAGCCAGAAGACCCCCUGGAGGUACCGCAGCCACAGGGGGAAGGGGAGCUGUACCUGAACUCGGACCCACUCGCCCUCCCGCCAGGUUUGGUCUUUGGAGGACGGAGAAUCAUUAAAGCAGAGGAAGUGGAAGAGGAAGAAGAGGAAGAGAUUGAGGUUGAUGAGGAGAUGAAGGGACUCAUUCCGCCAAAGGAGAAGACGAGGGAGGUGGAGGCGCAGAACCGCAUCAUCUUCUCCCUCUACGAAGACUCCCUCCAGACGUCAGAACACUCCGGCUCCCACACCCUCCGCACCUUCCCCUACCCCUCCACCCGUGCCACCACCGCCACCUUCCCCUCCUCCUCCACCCCCUCGCUGGCCCCUGAGUAUGCCGGGGGCGGGGCGGCGAUGGGGGCGGUGGUGAAGGGCAUACUGGCGCAGGAAACGUCACACCACAAGGCACUGCAACUCAACUUGGCCCUCCAGCAAGCCUUCCGCGCCACUAUUGCCAAGCUGGAACUGGCGCUGAAGAAGAACCAGAAAACGCAGGCCGAGGCAGCAAAGGAACUAGACAUGGCAUGGACGCCAGAGGGCACAUCAACGAGCCUUGGGGUGAAGCGGAGGACGAGGGGGGAGGACGGGCAGAGGCAGCACCUGGCGUACUCGAGGCUGUCCGUUCCCUACUUCAAGGACUCGAGUGGCAUGAGCGCUCCCAUGAAUGAGGACGGGAAGAAGAAGGUGAAUGAUGGCUACCUGGACCUCUACACCAUUAAAAGCCGAUUCUGGAUCACCAGGGAGCAGGUCAAGCUGAGGGAGAUGGUGGAGAUGGCUUGGAAGGAGCAGUGCAUCAAGAAGGUGAAGCAAAAUGUGAAGGACCUCACACGGAAGAUAAGGGCGGUGCUGUCCAGGGAGGAGCUGGAUCAGAAGCUGUUGGAGGUGACCCAGGAGAAGCUGAGAGAGGAAGAGAAAGAGCUGGCGGUACUUGAGGCCACCAAACCCGAGGACUUCACUCUCCCUCCCCGACACACACCCUAUGACUGGGAGCUGAUAUCUGCGCAGGGGUUCGAUGGUCAGCGGACAGCCGUGGAGUGCCAGCUGAUGUGGGACAAUUUGCUGCACCCUGAGAUCAACCGCGAGGCCUUCAGCGAGGAGGAGGACCUGAUCAUCCAAGGGCAGGUCAGGUGGGACAAGAACCACAAGUACAACAACUGGGAGGCCAUCGCAAAGUGGCUCGGGAACAACCGCACGGGCUACCUGGUCAUGCAGCGCUGGGUGAACUUCCUGGAGCCCACCCUUCACCCGGUGCAGUGGACCAUUCGCGACACUAAGCAGCUGCUGGAUUCUGUCAACCUCCUGCGGCGUGGUGAACACAUCCCUUGGUCGCAGGUACAUCAGCGGCUGCCAGGGUACACGAGGGCACAGAUCCACACCCGCUGGAAAUUGAUCAACCCGGAGAGGAACAGCAGGCGCUUCUCACUGGAGGAGGACAAGGUGUUCAUCAAGGGCAUUUACUUGUAUGGACUAAACUUCGUCAGCAUCGCCUGUUUCCUGCCUGGCCGCAGCUACACGCAAGUGAGGGAGAAGUUCAGGCGCUCUGUUCUGCCGUCCCUGACCACACGACGCUACACCAGAAAGGAGGACAAGACUCUUCUGGCACGUGGGGGGGAGUCUAAUGGGUACUCCAGUAAGCUGAUCUGGCACCUCCCCAAACACCUCCUUGGCGAGAACCGUUGUCGCUUCAUCACGCUGCAGCUGUGGCAGUCGCUGACGGGGGAAGACCAGGGCGAGGUCAAUCCCCCCCCUCUCUUCCCCCUCACGACCACCACUGACGAGGAGGAGAUCAUAAAUAUCCGUUCCUUCCUCAUGCAAGAGUCGAUUCAGGAGUCCAUCAAGCUGAAGGAUGCGCUGGAGAAGAGCAGAGGAGAGAUUGAGAUGGAGCCAAUACUACAGGAGGUGAAGGAUGCCCACGCAGCGAUGGAGAAGGAGGCGGCGGCUAAGGUGGCGGAGCGCAUGCAGAAGCUUAUCACCUUGCGCGGAAACUUUAAGGGCACCACCUACAAGAGCACAGAAACAUCCAUCAUCGACGCACUCUUCGACAAGUUCUUCAACCCCGCGCGCCCCUUUGAGAUCGACGUUCCUCCUUCUGAUAAAGUAUUGAAGAGCCUCAAAGUCCUUGCUGAGAUGAUGAUGUUUAAACCACGACCCACCAGAGAAGAGGAAGAGGAGAAGGAGGAGGAGGAAGAGGAAAACGAGGAAGGCAAGAGAGAAAAGAGGGAAAGAGGGAAGAGGAAAAAGAGAAAGUGGGAGGAGUUGGAGGAGGAGGAGGAAGAGAUAGAGGAAAAGGAAGAGCGGAAGAAACAAACCAUCUUGAAUGAGCUUGAUGAAUACUUGUGCGAGGAAUUUAUGGAGAUGUGGAAGGAGGAGGAACAGAAGAGGAAGAGGAUGAGAGCAAAAGAACAAGCAGAUGAAGGUGAUACAAGCACAAGCAGAGGUGUUGAUGGUGACGGUGAUGAUGGUGGUGCUGAUGUCAUUCCUAUCACACCACCUAAUCUAACCACCGUGGGGGCCCUGCACUCCUUCCUCAUCCACCGCCCCGUCCUCACUGAAAUGGCGACAGGCAACUUCAUCUUCCAAAGGUAUUCAGUGAAGAAAUUAUGCAAGAUGUCGAGGUGGCAGAUCAGGAGAAGGGUCACGCAGGAUGGCACAAUGCGGAGACAGGCUGAGGAUUAUGAUGAGGAUGAUGACAACGAAGAUGGUGAGGAUGAAGAGGGGACUAGUGUUAUGGCAAGAAACACUCCCUCCAUCGCCAAGAUCAUCCCCCACCCUGCCUCCCCUUCCCCUCCGCCCCCCGUAGCCACCCCCCCGCCAAGCAACAGAGUGCUGAGUGAGGAGAGAAGUGCCAGCAGUGAUAGUGAAGGGGAAGGUGCCGUCACUGGUGCCAGAGAGGCGGCUGACAGUGAGGAGAUGGGUGAUGACAGUGGUGCCAAUGUCGCUGAUGCCAGUCCCGAUGUUCCUGGUGUGGAUAUGCCGUACAAAAUCCAUAUCACCUCAACGGAGCAGAAGGCGAGCAAAAGGAGGAAGGGUUACAAGGCCGUCAAGGAAGAGAAUCUCACCACAUACACUAAAGCGAAAUGGCCGAAGGUUUGGUGGAAGGGAGGAGCAUCAGACAAGGGCAGCCACACACAACCAGCAACCAACACUACCACUACCACCACCAGCAUCACCACCACCUCUACCACCCCGCCACAUGACCUUGCAGUUGCGGCGCCAAGACCAAACACCCCAACCUCUACCACCAGUAUCACCGCCACCCCCACCACCUCUACCCACACCACAAUCACCACCAUCGCCGCUACCCUCACCGCCUCUACCAGACCCAUCACCAGCACUCCCACCGAGCAGGACAAAGCACCAGCAGAAGCCUCAACAUCAGCAGAAGCCUCAACAUCAGCAGAAGCCUCAACAUCAGCAGAAGCCUCAACAUCAGCAGAAGCCUCAACAUCAGCAAAAGCCUCAACAUCAGCAGAAGCCUCAACAUCAGCAGAAGCCUCAACAUCAGCAGAAGCCUCAACAUCAGCAGAAGCCUCAACAUCAACAUGCACUUUUUCAGGUGAUGGCCUAGAGGAGAGCACAGAGCAGAAGGCAGAGAAAGAUAAGGCAGACAAGCUGUUGCUACACAGAAUGUUGUCUCUCUUUGCCUGGCCGAGCCUUUUGACAAUUUUAAAACCAAUGCAAUGGCAAGUUCAGGCGGUGAAUAAGAAGCCGGCAGCUCGUGUAAAGAGAAUCAGACCAUUGAACGAGGCACAGGCCAUGGACGGGGAGACUUCGAGAAAUCCCAAGUGGAAAGCAAGAAGGGCCCAUAAAUGGCCAAACCUGGAUUCAGAGGGCCUGACCAAGAAAGUGGAGGAGCUGCAGAAGAAUAAGAUUGAGACCUUGACCAAGAUGAAGGAUUUGCAGAUGCAGUGGAGGGCCAGCAGGAAGAAAGACAAGAAUGCACCGCCCCCUCAGGAGAAGAGAGUGAGGAAGAGGAAACAAACAGAAGAUCCAGAGCAAGACACGACACAGCCCCCAGAGAAACGGAUGCAGCCUACACCACCACCACAGGACACAGACGACAGGGUGGAGGAGGAAGAGCAAGACGCAACACAGCCUCAAAGUCCAGAUAAAGAGGAGAUGCAGCCCACACCACCACAGGACAUAGAAGGCGGGGUGAAGGAGGAAGAGGCUGAGGCAGGCUCUCCGUCUGCGAUGCCCAACAUAAGGAAACUCACAAUAGACAUUGCCAGGAAUGCACGGAGGAUGAGGACUCUUUCUCGCUCCUUAAGGAUGAAAAAGGUGUGGGAGGGGCGGCAGCAAGGCAUUUACUCACACCGCAAGCCCAAGACACGCAAGGUUGCGGAAUACAAGCCAAGAGGAUCACGCACGAGGGGGAUAAUCCCACCUGACAGCCCCCCACCUCCCUUCCUCCCCUGAUUCUCCUGUGUCCUCCCUGACUCUGCUCCUGCUGUCCAUCCUCCUGACCUGCCUUCCUGCUCCACUUUCCGCAACUCUUCAUCACUUACAGCGUUGUCAUGAAUGCAUACCGGAUCUGGUGCCCAGCUUACUAUCGUGGCAAACGCUGUAACUGUUGGAAAAUUGUAAUGUGGAAAGGCCUGCGUUAACUGUGGUCUAGGCCCUAAAUCCUAAGCAACAUGUGACCAAGGAGAGGAGGCACUGAUCAACAGGACCCACUCAAGCUACGAGAGAAAUGAAGGUGUUGGGUGGCAGGGAGCAGGAGAAUGUGACAAGGAUUAAACUUGACCUGGGGGAGGGGGGGGUCUCUCUCUCUCUCUCAACUCACAGGACCCCACAGGAUGUCCCCCCACAGUAUGUUGACAAGCCCCACAGACACAUAAAAGAUCUCGCUCACACACUCACUCUCUGUAUUCCUUACUUCUUCCUUCUAAACUUCCUCUCCUUUUUCCUUCAUAACCUUCCUCAGUUUUUCGUUUCUCCUCCUGACCCUCUUCUCUCGCCUCCAUUCUCUUAAUCUGUUACUGUCCUUCCCCUGACUGGACCUACUUGCUCAGGUGCAGCUCUUGGCCGUGUCAAGUGUCCAGACUCAGUCUUCCGGCAGCCUCCCUUGGGUGUUGGUGGGGAGUGGCUUGUGGUGUUGACAGAGGUGCUGCUCAGGACCAGGGAUGGUGAUCUGUGAAACUCAUCACACUUAGUCGUACUGUACAUUUAUUUUAAUGUCUGAGAAGGCAAGACUUUUUAUGAGGUGAAGAUAUGUAAGGGCCACAAUACAUUUUAUAAUCCAAUGAUGUCAACAAGUUUUAUUAAUCUUGUGUAACAGAUGAGCUAAGUAGAGAAAUAUGAACAUUUUCUGAUCCUAGGCUAAUGUGCUGGGCUACAGAGUUGUUAGAUGCCCCACCCACCAACAGGCAACCAGCAGCAUCCUUACUUUCUCAGCUAAGAGCCAGGGAUCGACCUCAAGUGAAUGGACUAUAGUACUCAUCACAAAGUUAUUCUGGAAAAUUGAUCCAAGGCAUAAUAAUGGACUAUUAUCAAAAUAAAAGUUGAGAAAUAUUCUA